GGCUCUUUCCAUAGCUCCGAGGGACAGGCUCUUUCCAUAGCUCUGAGGGACAGGCUCUUUCCAUAGCUCUGAGGGACAGGCUCACGGAUGGCCGGGGACGUCACCUACGCCGCCGUGGCGAUGCUGCCAAGGGAAAGGCCAUGCGUUCCUCCAGGGACAUCAAACCCAGGAAACACGAUCACAUAUGCUGAGCUGCAUGUGAAGCCCCAGCCCCAAGGGAACAGCAGAGCAGAGACUUCCGCUCCUGGCUGCCGGCACAGGUGCUCAGCCUGGUUCUAUGUGGCACUGGUCCUGGCAGUCCUCAUGCUCAUCCUGCUGGGAAUCGUGGCCAUACAAGCCAAGCAGGUUUUGAGGGGCAGAGCAGGAAAAUCAGAGAGUUUGCCCCAGUAUGGUCUGAAUAGCAGCAGCAGUGACAUUUCUUCAGAGAAGACCGUCCCACCAGUGCUCCUGAAAUGGCUCAUGGACGAGCUGUGUGAAGAUGGACAGGGGACAACAUGUGAACUGUGUCCCCCCGGGUGGCAGCUGCACAGGGGCAGAUGUUACUUCUUCUCCGAGGAGACCAGGAGCUGGGAGGACAGCCAGAAAAACUGCCUGGCCAGGAAAUCCCAGCUGCUUGUCAUUGAGGAUGAAGUUGAGAUGGAAUUUAUAGACAACAAAGACAAAGAUACCAAAUAUAUCUGGAUUGGUUUGGAUACUGAAGACAUGGAGAAAACAUGGAGUUCAGUGGAAGAUCACAGAGUAAAAGAAAAGAGGACAGCUCUAAAAACCAUUGAAGCUGACAAGAACUGUGCUGUUUACAGAUGGAAAAACGUAAUCCAGGCAGACAACUGCCAGACAUUAAAGAAGUGGAUCUGUAAGAAGAACGCAACUUUGCUGGUGCUCUGA